AUUGUCAACAUGUCAUGCAUCGUAAUGUAAUCGUAAUGCACCGUAAUGUAAUUUAUCCCAGUUAUGAUACUGUAACCGUCGAAUGCAAUUGUGAGGGCUAUAUCAGAGAACAGAAAUAAUUCAAUAAUAUGAAACAUUGGUGAAUGUUUGAAAGAAGAAUACUAUUUUCAGCCUUCAGCGACUUUUAUUUGAUGAGGAACAUUUAUUUUCACCACGUCCUUUCCAUGUAACAUUGUGGAACGAUUCAACCAGUUUCAACGUCAACGUUACCCCUGAACUCAACUUGCAAAAAUGGCAAGCUGCAUGAAUUGGCAUGGUAAACGAGUUACAAUGGAUUAACUGAGAGAGGGGAGCAAGCCCGGAGGAUAGGGGCCUUCAUUCUACCAUGGCCUCAGAACUCCAUGAGACAAUAUGUAUGGCAAAGCAGGAACGCCACAAGAAUUUGUUUCUCAAUUACAGGAAUCUGAACAACUUUCCUGUCGAACUUCUGAAAGAUGAGGGACUGCAGUUUUUGGAAAGACUUUACAUGAAGAGGAACUCCCUUACAAGUUUGCCUGACAAUCUUGCACAAAAACUUCCAAAUCUGAUCGAACUGUAUUUGCACUCAAACAAUAUUGCCAUCAUUCCUGAAGCUAUAGGAAAUUUAGCCAAGCUACAGUCCCUGGAUCUGAGUGACAAUGCCCUACAGGUUAUAUGUCCUGAGAUUGGUCGGCUGAGGUCUUUACGCCACUUGCGAUUGGCCAACAACCAGUUGAAGUUCCUUCCUCAAGAGAUCGGGGAUCUGCGUGAGCUGGAGACCCUGGACGUGUCCAUGAACCUGCUAAGCUCUCUGCCCGAGCGGCUCCACCAGUGCCUGUCCCUGCAGUGCCUGACGGCCGACCGCAACAACCUGCGCUGCCUUCCGCGCCAGCUCUGCCAGCUGCACAGCCUCAACGAGCUCUCCAUGGCCGCCAACUGCCUGGCCUCGCUGCCCCUCGAUCUCGGGCGCUCACGGGAGCUGCAGUUUGUCUUUGUGGACAACAACAUUCACCUGAAAGGCCUUCCAUCCUACCUGUAUAACAAAGUCAUCGGCUGCAGUGGAUGUGGGCUGUCAGCGCAGGUGUCUGAUGUGAAGCUGGUCACACUGGCGCUGGGGGAGAUGACCGUGACCCUGCCGGCGGAAGUGAAGGCCAUUGGCUCGGAGCUGGAUCAGGUGGUGCCCCUGGAGGAGCUGGCCAUGAGGGCCCUGCACAGCAUGUACAACGGCCCCCCAAAAGGUGUGAAGAUCCUGCCUCCCAUCCUGUUGCCUAAGAGCCUGCUAGACCUCCUGCAGUGCCCGCUGGGACACUGCCACCGCUGCAGCCAGCCCAUGUUUACCAUCGUCUACCCCAAGCUCUUCCCCCUGCGCGAGACGGCCCUGGCGGGCGUCCACAGGAGAACCACAGUGAGUUUUGUGGCAUAUUGCUGCUCCAGUCAGUGUUUGAGGACAUUUGACCUGCAGGGAUGAGAAGCGUAGGUGUGGCGCCCUCUCCCUCCCUCCUGUUCUCCUCUCAGUGCACUGAAGGCUGCCCUCAUCCACAUGAAGGGAACGGAGGAUUGGGUUUCUCUCCCACUCUCUACGGCUGCUACAGCUAAACGGACUACAGAGAGCAGAUGCUACACUUAUCUUGUCCCACAAACCACUUAUGAAGGAGAAGGCCCCAGCAAAGGGACACGGGGCCAACGAUGGCGAUGAAUGUCACAACCCCCCACACACACACACACACACACACACACACACACACACACACACACACACACACACACACACACACACACACACACUUCCCUCCUCCAUAACUCACAUGUCCCGUGUUUGAUAACAAACAGUCAUCAGGCUCUGACGGUUUUAAUGUUUUUCAUUUAACCUGAUCAGAAAUGACCGUGGAAUAAGCAGAACGUUCUGGAAUGUUCCACACAUCAUCAUCAUCAGUCGAUCCAGUAAUUUAGCAGUGUCAAGUCAUCGCCAGUGAAUACUACACAUCUCACUACAAGCGGAUGAAGAACUCUCAUUUCUCCUCAUCUGAGAGAGAAAGCAAAAUCUACUUUCCUAGUUAUUUUCAAAUGUGUGCUUAGCAUUAAUGUGUCAUGGUGGCAAAGAUAGCUCAAACAAAUAUAUUUUGGUCUACAAAAACAUGUUGAUUAUCAGAGUGAAGAGUUUGGUCCCAAAUACUGCUUGGAUAUUGGAGUAAAUUACAUAAAGUGAAAUAUAUCUUAAUCAAUCACCACGAGAAGUGCAUUUAUACAUUUUUUUUUUUUUUUAAGAAAAUGCCUUUGGUGUUUCCAAGGUCACACCAAGUGUAGAGAAACAAGGCUGCCAUCAUCACAUUGGAAGAGUUUUGGUGCUGAGUGACUGACUGUGUUCAGAUGACGUGGGGAGUGGGCCCAAGGCUCAUGUGCAUUCGAUUGUACACUGUCUAGUUUGUGUGCUUCCUCUGAUGUAUUCUGAAGUUUGCACUUGAAUGAAACUCCCAGCUGGCUUUGUGAGGUUUGAUCCAAAACUGUGAGCCACACACACACAGACACAGACACACACAGAGAAAGAAAAAAAGCUCAGUGUUGGCCUGAUAAUUAAGGCUCUUUCAGUGACUGUGUUGUCAAGCCCCUUGAAUGAAGGCCAAAAUGAACAGAUUGUGAAUUUUGGAAAACCUGUGAAACAAACGUACAGGCUCAAAUAUUAACUGGAAGAAUUGCGAGUGUGGAUCAUAUGAAGACAUUUACUGCUUGAAUCUCAGCACACUGACUGAGAAGGUGAAACGGAUCAUUAGAUUUCUUUACACGGCUCCCACAGUGGCUCUUCCAACCUACUAGAUGGUUAUAACUAAUGUCUCAUUUGCCAACAACCAAGGGAGUUUAUUUCAUAGAGUUUGGUCACCAAGAUGACAGCAUUUCGUUCAAUAGAAUGAAGGAAGGCGGCGUACAUAGUGGAAUUAAGUUUUUUUUUUUUUUAGCAGUCCUUCAUUUUAACUGAUUUUUUGUACAUUGUGUUUACUCUGUAAGAAAAUCUAAUUUAUGAAUAAUUGCUUUUGUUUGAAUGUCUGACAUUUGGCAAAAAUCAUUCUUAAUUUUCA